GGCUGUGAGGGGGAGAUCCAAAACACUCCAGCUGAGGAGGAUGGAAUAUGCCAUGAAGUCCCUCAGCCUUCUCCACCCCAAGUCCCUGUCCAGGCAUGUGGCAGUGAGCACUUCAGUGGUGACCCAGCAGCUGCUGUCUGAGCCCAGCCUGGAGGCCCCCAGGGCCCGGCCCUGCCGAGUAAGCACAGCAGAUCGGAGAGUGCGCAAGGGCAUCACGGCACACAGCCUUAAGGACCUGCUCCACAAGACUAUUAACUCUGAAGUCAAGUACCAAGAGGUUCGGGAUGUCUUGAUGCUGGCAAACAAACCCUUCUCCCUGGUGCUGGAGAAAGAUGGCACAAUUGUAGAGACAGAAGAGUAUUUCCAAGCCCUGGCAGAUGAUACGGUGUUCAUGGUCCUCCAAAAGGGGGAGAAAUGGCAGCCUCCAUCAAAACAGGGGCUUAGGUACCAACUUUCCCAUAAGCCCACCAAGAAGAUUGAUGUGGCCCGCAUAACCUUUGACCUGUACAAGCUGAACCCACAGGACUUCAUUGGCUGCCUGAAUGUGAAGGCAACACUCUAUAAUACAUACUCCCUUUCCUAUGAUCUGCACUGCUACAAAGCCAAGAGCAUGGUGAAGGAAAUGAUUCGCUGGGUCCUCUUCAGCAUGCAGGCCACAGGCCACAUGCUGCUGGGCACCUCCUGCUACCUGCAGCAGUUCCUGGAUGCCACAGAGGAAGAAGGGCAGCCCUCCAAGGCCAAGGCCUCAUCCCUCAUUCCGAGUUGUCUGAAGAUACUGCAAUGA